GAACCCAAAACACCAAGGUCACAAAGGAGAACGACAACUAGUCUCAAAAGAGCCAGCCACAACAAAGAGAUUGAACAGCAACAAGAGCCGGCACAUUCUUGCAUCUUCUCUGUUACCUUUGGUCUCACCAUGAGACGAGUUCUGGCUUUGUUUGUGUUGGGGAUGUGUAUGCUGAGUGGAUGGUGCGUUCCCCUGAAGAAGUCUGUGUCUGUCACUUUCCCUGGAGAUGUCCUCAAGAACGUGACGGAAAAGGAGCUGGCAGACAGCUACCUGAAGAGGUUUGGCUACAUGGAAGUUCAGCACCGCAGCGGUUUCCAGUCCGUGGUGUCCACCUCCAAGGCUCUGACGAGAAUGCAGAGGCAGAUGGGGUUGGAGGAGACAGGGAAGUUGGACAAGUCUACGGUAGCAGCCAUGAAGGCACCUCGCUGCGGGGUCCCUGAUGUACGCUCCUACCAGACCUUCGAGGGGGACCUGAAAUGGGAUCAUCACGCCAUUACGUACAGGAUCCUGAACUACUCUCCAGACAUGGGAGCCUCUCUGAUAGACGAUGCCUUCGCCAGAGCCUUCAAGGUGUGGAGUGACGUCACCCCUCUCACCUUCACGCGACUCUUCGACGGCACCGCCGACAUCAUGGUGUCAUUUGGAAAAGCAGAACAUGGAGACGGCUACCCCUUCGAUGGUAAGGACGGCCUUCUGGCCCACGCCUUCCCCCCUGGUGAGGGCAUACAGGGAGACGCCCACUUUGACGAUGAUGAAAACUGGACCCUCGGCAAAGGAGCAGUUGUGAAGACAAGCUAUGGCAACGCAGAGGGUGCUCUGUGCCACUUCCCUUUCUUAUUCGAGGGCAAGCAGUACUCCACCUGCACCACAGAGGGGCGCUCUGACAACCUGCCCUGGUGUGCCACCACAGCCGACUUCGGCAGAGACAAGAAAUUUGGCUUCUGUCCAAGUGAACGCUACAGUCUGUUCCUGGUUGCGGCCCACGAGUUUGGUCAUGCCCUGGGUCUGGACCACUCCAACAUCAGAGACGCKCUCAUGUAUCCCAUGUACYGCUACGUUAAAGACUUCUCCCUGCAUGAAGAUGAUGUUGAAGGCAUUCACUAUCUCUAUGGAUCCAAGACAAGCCCUGACCCGAGCGAUGAGCCCGAGCCUGACACCCCUACCACUAAGUCCACUACCACUACCACCACACACCCCGUGGACCCAUCCCAGAGCCCCUGCCAGAUUAACAAAUUCGACACCAUCACAGAAAUUGAUGGAGACCUGCACUUCUUCAAGGAUGGGCAAUAUUGGAGGUUGUCGAGCAAGACUGAUGUMGGKCUGAAGGGUCCGUUCUCCAUGUCUAAGAGGUGGCCAGCUGUGCCAGCCGUCGUUGACACGGCCUUCGAGGACCUUGCGACCAAGAAAAUCUACUUCUUCUCAGGCACCAGGUUCUGGGUGUAUACAGGACAGAGUCUCCUGGGACCCCGCAGRAUUGAGAAACUGGGUCUGUCCUCCACUGUAGAGAAGGUGGAGGGAGCACUGCAGAAAGGGAAAGGCAAGGUGCUCCUCUUCAAUGGAGAGAACUACUGGAGGCUGGAUGUGGAGGACCAGCAAAUCGACAAGGGAUAUCCUCGCUUCACAGACAUGGUCUUUGGAGGAGUCCCCCUUGAUUCCCAUGAUGUGUUCCAAUUCAAGGGCAACUCCUACUUCUGCCGGGAACAUUUCUACUGGCGAAUGAACUCCAAGAGACAGGUGGACCGUGUGGGAUAUGUGAAGUACGAUCUCCUGAACUGUAGUGACUCCUAACUAGGGGGCUGAAGAUUGAAGAACCCUUUCAAUAGGGCCUCUUAGAGCAGGGUCCCAGAUCUGUUUGUGCUGUCUUGCCAACUUAUAUAUUUACAUUGAAAGUAAUUUAGCUGACGCUCUUAUCCAGAGCGACUUGAGAAUGACGACGAGAGCUUAAGGUACGGUUUGUGUUUAUGCAGUGCCGUUUGGAAAGUUGAAACGUUACCCCAAAGUUUGUGCUUUGUAAAAUUGUGAAAUUAUUGGCCACCUUCCAUGUACCAACAGUAGAAUAGGUACUUUCCUUCGAACGGUGUGUGAGUUAACAGGUUCCUGUCAUCUGACCUAGACUAGGGUCCAGAGAGAUUUAACCACAGCCCUGAAAUAACCACAGCUCCAGCAGAACCGAUUCAAAAUCUGUUGUGGCUUUAACCUGUCUCCCUGGCACAGAUAUUUUGGAUGAGACGUGAGUUUAUAUUUAUUUAUAUUGCUCUUCGGUUUUAUUUUUGUGUUCAACAAUACCAUGUGUUUAUUUAGAGUUAUUUAAUAUUUUUGAACUGGCUCAAAAGCCAUGUAUUUUGCACUGAAUGGCCCACCAUCGUAUCUCUCACUUAAGUUAUUUUGUAUGUAAAUCAAUGUUUUGUAUUUAAACAGAACUGAAAAUUCAAUAAACAAAUAGCACUUCAUCAUCA